AGUCAGACCCACAACCGGUCGGACUUACGGCGAGGGUUCCGGUGCUGACUGUAGACGCCAUGUCCAAAAAUUAAAUCUGUUGCAGGGACAGAUUUCAGAGAUGUCACUCAGGUACAGUUGUUUGAAAAGGGGACAGUUAUCUUGUCCUGUGUUCAUCUUGAGUGAUUAGUGGAAGUUUUAUAUGGAGAAAGCUUUUUCUAUAUGGUGAUUAGUUAUCCUAACACUCUUCCAACUGAAAAUAACUAAAAUAUGUCAGCUAUGAUAUUUUAAGUACACUGAUGAGAUGAUGGAAGUAAAUGAAAUAUCAGAAGUCAAAAAUGAAGCAAAAGCCAAAAUUCAGAGAGUAAGUACCUGGGCUGUUGAGGCAAUUGAAGCCUAGUGUUCUGGAACUUUCAUUUAGGUGAUUGGGAGGGGUGCAAGAGACAAAGACAAGGCCUGUUCAGCAUGGGAAGGUCAGUAGGAGACCACAACAUAAAGCCGAGUCCCCGGGGCGCCUGGGUGGCUCAGUCAGUUAAGCAUCCGACUCUUGAUUUGGGCUCAGGUUAUGAUCUCCUGGUUCAUGGGAUUGAGCCCCACAUCAAAUUCUGUGUUGACAGUGUGAAACCUGUUAGGGAUUCUCUCUCUCCCUCACUUUCUCUGCCCCUCCCCCGCUUGUACAUUCUCUCUCUCAAAAUAAAUAAAUAAAUUUUUUUUAAAAAAAAGCUGAGUCCCCAAAAGACUACACCCUCCAUGAAUUAAUUGAACUAGAAAUGCACCCUCUUUGCAGCCUGCCUGUGUUGACCUUGGUGCUGGCCAAAGAGAGGAAAUCUCUCUCCAGGGUAUAAUAAACACAAGAAAUCUAUCACAUGGCUUUUCAGUCUUCUACAUGCACUGUGUGAAAAGCCUCAAGCGGAGAAUUUAUUUUUGAAUUGUCCAAGGAAGCAGAGGUAAAUAUAGCUCCUCUGGAGCAUACAUCUUCAGCCUAGACCUGAAUGUUUAAUAUAGUUAAUGAAAUAAAAGGGAAGGUUGAUAAUGUAAGAAGCAAGGGACUUCAAGGCACCUGGCUGGUUCAGUUGGUGGUAGAGCAUGUGACUCUUGACCUCGGGGUCAUGAAUUGGAGCCCCACGUUGGAGAUUACAAAAAAAAAAGGCAAAUGACUUUAGAAAAUGACCAAGUACAUUUGAAAAAGAACCAGAAAGAGUUUGUAGAAAUUAAAAGUAUAAUCAUUGAAAUUAAAAAUUCAGUGGACAGAUUGAGCAUUAAAUGUAGCUGAAGAGAGAAUCAGUGAAAUGGAAGAUAAAUCUGAAGAAAGUAUUCACAGUGCAACACAGAAAGAUAAAAAGGUGGAAAAUGUGAGUUGAGAAACAUGGAAACUAAGGGAAGAGUUUGGCAAGAGGGAGUUAAGAAAGCAGGGUAAAGGCAAUAUUUGAAGAGAAAAGACUAGAGCAUUUUCUAGAAUCAAAGGCUUAUAUUCUUAGAUUUAGGAAACAAUAAAUCUCAAACUGGAACAAGUCAUUAUUUUAUUUGCAAACACCAUGAUUAUGUAUGUAGGAAAUCCUGAUGAAACUACACAAAUGCUACUAGAGCUAAUAUUUUAGCAAGAUCACAAGGGUACAAAGUCAACGUACAAAAUUAAAUUAUUUCUAUAUAAAUGCUAUGAACAAUUGGAAAAUGAUUUUUUAAAUCAAAUACCAUUUAGAACAGCAUCAAAAAUUAGAUACUUAGGGAUAAAUAUAACAAAAAUGUGUCAGAUCUGUUCAGUAUAAACCAUAAAACAUUGCUAAGGAAAUUAAAAGGUCUAAGUUAAUGAAGAGUUCAUGUUCAUGGAUUGGAAAAUUCAAUAUCAUGAAGAUUUCAGUUUAUCCUAAAUUGGUUGGUAGAGACCACCUAAUCCAAAUCAAAAUUCCAGUGAGGUUUUUUGUUUGUUUGUUUGUUUGGUAAAAAUUGGCAAACUAAUCCUAAAAUUUAUAUAGAAAUGCAAGUACCUAGAAUUACCAAAACAAUUCUGAUAAGAACAAAGCCGGAGAAUUUCUACUGCCUAAUUUCAAGGUCUACUAUGAUGCUGCAGUGACUGAGUGCAAUAUCUGUAUGUGGACAUACAGAGGUUAAUGGAUAAACACACUGAGGUAUGUUCAUGCAGUGGCAUGCUACAACAGAAACAACAUGGGCAAAUCUCAAAAACAUUGCUAAGUGAGAGAAGCCGACACAAAAGACUACCUGCUGAAUGGAUCAGUGUGGUUUUCUAGGGGAGAGAAUUGCCUGCCAAGACAGGUAUGAGAACUUUUGGGGGUGAUGAGAAUUUUCCAUAUCUUGUCCAUUAUAUCUCAAUGAAAAAUGUUUUUGCUGUAUCUUGAUUGGGGUGAUAGUUUCAAAGAUCUAAUUUAUCAAAGCUCAUCUAUACACUUGAGUUUUAGUGUAUGUUAUACCUCAAGUUAAUUUUUAAGGUUAAAAAAAAUUAAAUGACCCUUAGAUGAUGACAACAACAUAAUGAAAUUAGGGAACAUGGAAGACAUAGGGGAGAGCUGAAGAGUAGGUGGAGAGAAGAGAGAUCUCCUACAAAGGAACAUCAGACACCCAACUUGUCAGUGGUAACGUCAGAAACAAGAACACAGACUGGUAUCCUCAGACUGUUGAGAGAUGUCCUUUAUUGAUGGAGUUGAGUUCCUGAAUCAGAAAGGUGAGCAGACUUCUAGCCAGUGGCUGCUAGGCCACUGCUCUGGUGAACACUGGAUUAUCAGCCAUGUGGCAGGGUAGGUGUUUCACAUGCAUGAUCUAAUUUCCUCAUCAUAAUCACCCUGUGAGGAUUAUUGGCUUCUGCGUACAGAUGAAGAGAAUCAAGUACAGACGCCCACAUUUGGCAGAGUUGGCAGUUCGCAUAGCUCACCAGGGAGAGUGCCCUCCUGAUUGUGUGAUGUAACCACCCUGUGUGAUGUGGGUGGGGCUGGCCUUGUGCUAACCUCCAGCCCUUGUAUGGUAAGUAUUUACCCGCCCCUCAGUCCCAUUAGAGACCACAGAGGCUCUGGCUCCCCACUCUUCUUUAUGUGGUGGAAGAGCCCUGAUCCUCUUCCCUGUGCUGUUCCCUCCCUGUGACACACACAGUGCCUCUCCUGUCUUGUAAGGGUUGAGGUAUGACUAGAAAGACUUAUAUAACCCUAUGCAGUAGAGACCUCUCCAUUGCUGAUGGGAGGGACUCUGUGCUACAGGAGUUCAGCUGACAUUACUCUCCGUGUUCCAGGCCCUCAGCCAGGCAUGUGCACACACUUUGUCACGUUUGUCUUCACAGUCACCCAUGCAGUAUUGUCUUUUGUGGAUGAGGGAAGCGGGGUAAAAUGAUGAACCCAAAGGCACACUGUGACAAUGACCGCCAGUCAUUGGCAAAGCCAGGAUGCAAACUCUGGUCUCUCCAGCUUUAGAGUCUGCCCUGUGUCACCUUUCCUGUUGUUGGUGCCUCUGCCCAGGCCUCCUGAACUAGAUCAGAACAACAGAAAUAAGAUCCUAAGAUCCCCUAGAACAGCCUUUGAUGGCUGUUGUCAAGUAUUUAUGUCCUGCUGUUCUCCUCUCCUUGCCCUUCGUCUUCCUGGUCAUUUUACUAAGGACACAUGUACAAUCUUUCAUUAAGGUCUCUGGAAGAACCUGUAAAUAUUGACGAAGAGGACAAUGCAGAGCCUCAGCAGGCUGAGCAUGUGAGUUCACAGUCCUCAGAGAACCGCUGGCUGAAGUAUCUGGAAGGAGACUCAGAAGAACAGGGGAUGGAAGGAGGAGGAGUGUGUUUCAAGACACAGCCCUUGUCCAGGACGGAGAAGACGGACCCUCCCUUCAACACAGGCCUGCCUAGAAAAAGGAAAUGGAUCCAGAGCACAGACCGUCCUCCACACAGCCCUGAUGUCUGGAACCCGAGUGACUCUGAGAUUCCCUUGGAGCCUCAGAAGGACCACACUGGCUUGAUGGGGAAGGUCAAAGACAAAAGCAGUCACAAGGACCGGGGCACCAGGGAGCUUUUUGUUCCUCAGGGGGAUCCUCCACAACCUGCCCACCAUGUCAGGACCAUGCCUUCCAAGUGGGAACGAUUCCUUCAGCCGCCUGGAAACAGCCAAUGUGUGGACAUGGAGCCCCCAGUUCCUUUGAAUAGAGACCCUAGGCCAGCCGAGGUGGCACUGACUGAGCAGGGGACCCUUAGGGCCCAGACCCCAAGGGAGAGGUACAUCAGCAGGCCCCAUGAUGCACCCGAGCUUCUCUGGCUCACACACACGCUCACAUCCGGCUCCCAGAGGCCCUGCGUAAAGACCACCAAACAGCCAUGGGACACCAAUCCUCUGGCAAAGGGUGGGUCCUUAGCCACAGGGGCACAAGAGCCCCCACUUGUGCAACUGUGUGACCUCUUUAAAACUGGGGAGGACUUUGAGGACCACUUGUGAACUGAAACUAGAAUUUUAGUAACAGACAUAUUUGUUGUAUGAGCAAAUUAGACCUCUUGGCCACUGGAAAGGGGGCUCCCCAAGUAGCUUUUAAAUGGUUCCCAUAAAUAGGGGUGCCUGGCUGGCUCAGUUGGAAGAGUGUGUGACUUUAUCUCAGGAUGAGUUCAAGUUUCACAUUGGGUGUAGAUUUUUUUUUUUUUUUUUUAAAGUUCCCAUAAGUGAUCCCCAGUCCUGUCAAGAAAGACACACUACAGGGCACUGGGUGGCUCAGAUGGUUGAGCGUCUCCUCUGGCUCUUUAGUUCAAGCCCCACGUUGGGCUUUGUGCUGUCAGUGCGAAGCCUAGUUUGGCUCCUCUGCCCCCUCUCCUGUCCCUCCCCCUGCUCACACAGGUGUGGUCUUUCAAAAAUAAAAUGACAAACAACUA